AGAAACCCCCGGGGUCAUAUCAUAGCAACAUCGUAAACGGAGUGUGUGAAUCGGCCAUUACCGCUACGACGUGACCAAAUCAUCAGAUUUGUAUAAUAAUUGCAUGAAAAAUGGUGUAAACUACUUCAGAUUGUCGAUAGGCGAUACUUUUUUAAUAUUUGUCAUUCAUGAUUAUGGUAGAAUGAGUUCCAUACAACACAGUGAUUUGGUGGAGGUUGGUGAAGAUGGAGCAAUCAUUAGAAUACAAGAUUUAGUUGAAGGCUGGGAACAUGUUGUCUUUGCUCAAGAAACUGGAUCACCACUCUCCAAUAGUCAUCCAGCGUUCCGGGUUAAGGUUGUGCAAUUAGGCAAAGAUGCAUCAGUAGGGAUUGGAAUCAGUUCCGAACCCAUUGUCGAAGAGAUAGAGAAUGAUGAGGAAGAACAAUCACCUGACAGAUCUCGAGAUGCUCUUAUGAUCCAUAGUGAUAAUGGAUCUGUAUCGUCUCCUAGUAGAGAGAGUAGAAAAAAUGAGUCUUCCUCCUUUACAGAAGGGGAUACAAUAACACUUGUAAUAGAACAACUCACUGCUCAAAAGUCUUUGGUUUGUAUUUGGAAGAAUGACAUGAUCCAGUGUCGACAGUGGGUUACAAUACAAGCUCGGAACCUGUAUCCUACAAUCAAUGCAUGGUGGGGUCCAGCAGAAUUACAUGUAGAGUGGCUUAGUUCUACUGUUCCUGAAUUAUCCAUGACAAACCUCAAUCAAUGGAUGUCAUCUAGUAACAUCAAAGUUGAAGGUGAUAGACUCAGUAUCUUGGAUGAUAAGAUAGGAGCAAUCCAAUCACCAUGUACAUUCCAAGAUGGUUCUAAUAUGUAUUUUGAGAUGAGCUUAGAAUCAGUUGGUGAAUGUCCAGUUAAUGAUGAUCAUAAAGGGCCAUUAAUAGGGCUGACAUCAGCAACCUGGUCAGGACAUGAAGGAUUGCCUGGCACAUCUGAGUAUACCAUUGCUUAUGAUACAACCAAAGGAAAAAUCCUCAAUUGUGGACAGUCAUCAAAGGGGAAGAACCUAGGAGAGACUGGCAAGUGUAAAACUGGAGAUACGAUUGGCUGUGGUCUUCUACUUGUUGAAAAUAAACCUUCAACUGCUUCCCAGAUGGUAGUCGUAUACUUCACCAAAAAUCAUUCUGUCAUACAUCAUUGUAAUGUAACUCAGUCUACAGGUGGUUUCUAUCCUACAUGUGCAUUUGUCAGUAAAGAUUCUAGUGUGAGGCUGAACGUGACUGCUUCUGUACCGGAGCUUCCAGAUAAAACUGAUUGGUUAGCUAAAGCAAAGCGAGCACUAGAAUUCCCGGGGCUGGAACUUUUUAAUGAUACUUCUAUUAAGAAUGACAAUAAGCAGCAUGAAGAAGGAGUUACCAAUGGCUACUUCCGUUUCUCUGAACCUGUUGGUUGUCCAACCAGUGAUGUCAUCAAACCUCAGUCUAAACUAAAGGAUGGGAAGCUUCUUCAGCUACUCAAGACCAUUACACCAUCAGAACCUUACUUUACUGUCAAGAUAGAAGAACUAAAUAAUGAUGAAAGCUUGAUUUGUGCUGGAGUCAGCAGAGGAGGUCAGAGCUGUGGCAGUGUCCCUGGUUCUCUUAUAGACUCAGCAGGAUAUUCUUCUAAUGGUGAAAUACUUAUGGGCAGUGAUGGCCACUUUGCAGCUGAAAAAAUGGAGAAAGGUGAUGUAAUUGGUGUAUAUGUGCAAUUCCUAGACCUGACUAAAGUUGUUCAGUUCAUCAAAAAUGGAAAAUUGAUGGGUCAGAGUAUCAUCAAGGGAAGCAACAAAGAUAUCUAUCCAAGUCUUGGGUUUGGUGGUGAACCAGCAACCGUACAUGUAACAUGGCCUACUGCAAGACCUGAUGUACCACCCUCAUUUUCAAAGGACAACUUUGAGAAUUGGUUGAAAAGUCCUGAUUUACUGAUGAAUGGAAAUAGACUCUGCUACGAGAAGAAAAAAAGAAAGCUUAAAGGCAGAAUACUGGUAUCACCUCAACCACUGUGUCAUGCAUGGAGUUACUUUGAAGUAGAAAUAAACUGCAAGAAGCUCUCUGAAAAUGAGAGAGAGCUAGUAAAGGCUCCUGUUAUUGGACUGACAAACUGCUUGCGGCCCUCCAAGUUCAAGAAAAUCGUCAAUAACAAAGAUACAAGAGAUAUCCGCUACUUUUGUCAUACCAAUUCCAUUGGCUACAUGGAUUACCUCAAACAUGAUAUGUUCCUAUUAAAUGGAUACUUAGAGAAUGGUGACCGGAUUGGUUGGGGCGUGAUGUAUCCAUCAUCUAAGAACAUUCCUAGUGAUCUGACUAGACAGAUUGUUAUUGUAUAUUGCUGUAUUAAUGGACAGAUCAUGUAUCACAAACCCAUGGAACAACCUGGUGGUGGUUUCUAUCCAGUUAUAACCCUCUACAGAUAUGGAGAAGAAGCUUCCUUGCUGAUUAACAAGCCUCCACCUAGAUUCCCAGACAUCUUGACAUGGGUUGAAGAAGCUGAUGCCUUCAAGAUGGAAGUUGAUAAACAGCGGAAAGCUGCAGAAUUUGUGCUAUAUCUACCAUACCUCAUGCGCCCUAUCUUGCCCUCAAAACAAAAGUUUCGCCGAGGUCAGCACAAGCAGACUUCAGCUGAUAGAAGAGCUAGACCUGCAACUCCAUGUAAACGACCUGAUAAUCAUCUCAAGAAAUAUACUAUCUACCUACACUGUGAUCCACAGAGAUACAAUGAAGCUACUCAUAUACAAUCCAGACUAGAUGCAAAGGGUUUUGUAACAAGACUCCUUCCUGAAGACAAAAUCAACAGCUCUAACAUUUCUCAACUGAUUGAUGAUCAUAUUUCUUCCUGUACGUCUGUGAUAUGCUGUAUGGGCCCAGAGAUUAGUGAGACCUCACACAUGGGCCAGGUCCUGGAGCUAGCCCAGAAGAGAUCCAAACCAGUAUUACCCUUCAUCUUAGAAUCCUUCAAAUGGCCUCCAGAAGGAAGCCUUCAGAAGGAGUGGCAGAAACUUGUCUUGCAUAAGAUCGAGACAAGUGGAGACUUUGAUUGGGCCAUAGAACAAAUUGAAGAGAAGACAUUGACUCUCAAGGACAAGGGUUACAAUGGUAAAGAGAUCAGGGUGGUUGAAGGAAAGGGAGCUAAGAUGCUCUAUUCAGACGCUCAGAAAGGAAACAAGACGAUUAAUGAGAGCAGUGAUCCAAAUGCACUGAAGAAAGCCAUAGCUGAUGCAGAUCGUCAUAAGCUACAAUCGUUUGGUAGCGAUGACUACCCUGAAACCAGAGGAGGGGGUGAUCAUGGAGCAGCAGGAGGAGGGGCAAGGUCAUUCUCAUUUACCUCUCUCAAGGAACCAAAGAAGCACAUUGAUGAUGGACCUAAGAGACCUCAUUCUAGUCAUGGUGGGCGUGUUAAUCAAUCAAAGACUUGUAUUAUACUCUAAAAUCAAUGUCGGUUUACCGCUCUUCUGAAAUUAUUUUUUGCUCUUUUGUCUGUAUUCACAUAUUUAUAUUGUGCUUUUCAGCAUAUGUAUUGGUAACCCUUGCAUGUGCUUUCAAUAAUUAGGAGUCCUGUUUCUAAUGAGUGAUAUUUUAAAUUUAUCAAGUAAUGGAAGCUAUAGAUAUUUUUGUUUCAUUUAAGAUAUUUAACAGCUGUUUAUACCAAAACCAAAUACCCUUUUCACCAUGAUAUAGAAAUAUCAUUGACUCCAAAUGCAUGAAAAUAGGAUUGUGCCAUAUCAUUUUUGUCUUUUAAUUUCAACCCCAGAUAUAUUUUCAUAAUUUUGAUAUAUAUCUUAAAAUCAUGUCCUUGUAUUCCCAUGUGAUUAAGAAUGUGUCAUCUUUUCUCAAGAUGUUCAUUUGUGUUCAGGCUUAUUGAGAAAUUGUAAAAAUUAUAAAUUGGAAUAGCUAUUUAACAAAAUAGUGAUCCCUGAUACUGUAUUCAGCAUAUGAAAAUGGUUUGUUAACUGCAGGGAAACAUACAUUUGUAUACAUUCAAAUCUUCCACCUAAAGCUAUAGUUUUACCUGUACUUUAAUAUUUUUAGCUUUGUUAAUCACACUGAUUGUACUUAAAUCAGGCUGCUUGUCAGGGGAACCUUCAGUUACCUGUCAAAUAUUUGGGCAAUAAUUGAUGAAAGAAAAAUGUAAAUGACUGAUGAUUAUCCUAAUAGCACUCUUCACGGAAAAAUCAACUGAGGGGAUGAACUCAGACAUCAGUGAUGGCAUACAGUUCUUCGUACUUAUAGUACAUAAUUCUCAAGUUAAAGUAUGUUACGUGACAAGACUGCAUAUACUAUGCAUGUAAUAAAGCCCUCAUAAAACUAGAUGUGCCUGAAAUCUCUUUAUCAUACUCUCUUAAGUUGGGUUUUGAAUGCUAAGUCCACAAAAACUCUGCUUCAAAAUUGUUUGAUUCAACCAAAAUUCUAAUUUAAGUAUCCCCCAUUAAAACCUUGAACAUGUGUGAGCUUUCAAAUUUUAUGCAAAUUUCUACUUUAUGAUAAACCAGAAUUGUGUCCCCUGCUUGAACCCCGGGGGGGGGGGGGGGGGGUCACUCUCCACAUGGACUGCUACCCACCCGUGUCCGACAACCUCAGAAAUGCACCAUAAACGGCAUAAUGACAUGUAAAUUUGCAACCCUAAACGGCGUAACCCAUGAGAAAAGCCACCCUAAGUGGCGUGAACAGGGAAAUCCCCUAAUUUGAUACCCUAAGUGGCGUAAACAUCAAAAUCGAUUAAUGUGAUACCUGUGGACCGUGUGCAUGUGGGUUACGCAUGCUGCCUAGUAUAGAGCUAGAUGUAAGACACUAGCACUAAUAGACUAGAACUGUACAGGGGUAACUCUCGAGUGCUGCGCUGGCCGCGCCGGCGUGUGGGAGGAUUGUUUUGUAAAUCGCCUUUCAUGGUGUUUAUAGCUUAGGUCUGCUCCCGGGUCUCCUCAAAUUUUCACCCCUAAAUGGCAUAACCAAAUUAGCAACCCUAAACGGCGUGAAGAGAGAAAGAAAAGGCUACCCUUAUCGGCGAUUUACGAGCGAAUGGUGCUGAAAUGCAACCCUUUUUGCCAAAGACGUCGACGCCGCCCGAGUGCCUGAAACGGGACCCUUUUCGACGCUUUUUCUGGACGCGGGUGCGUAGCAGGCCAUGUGGAGAGUGACCCCCCCCCCCCCCCCCCCCCCCCGGGCUUGAAACAUUGCAUCACCAACCCUUGUCCAGUUGCAGAAUAGACUUUGAUGAGAAACACCAUAGAAGUGGAAUUGAGUGUGUAGUAGUUGUAAAAUCAAUUAUUUAAGUGUCUCCAUCCCUCCUACCUUGAUAGAAGUCUUCUUAAAAUACAUAUUACCUUCUGAAUCCCCCUAACCACUCACAGGAAAUUGGAUAUCUGUUUGUGGAAUCAAGCUGUCAUAAACUGCAUGUUCUUUUGUCUGAAGAUUGGUGACUAAAUUAUUUAUUAUGUAGAUGGUGUCCAAAGACUUCUUUAUGAUUGAUUUAUGAGAAUUUUUUUUUAUUUAGUUUCAAAUUUUCACAGAUGGAUAAUGGACUAUGUAUAGUUCAGUUUUUAAAGGGCAUUUGCCCUUGAGGUUAUGUGUAGGAGUAUUGUGUAUUAUACUGCAGAAGCUGAAACUUCACUUUUGGUUUUAUUUUUUAUUGCGCCUAUUGCCAUUGGAUACCUUACCUCUUGAGGGCAUGUAAGAGUUUAUAGGUUCAUAACAAUGCUGAAUACAGAGCAUGAAUUACGUCUCGGUACGUGUUAUAUUUCAUGAUUCUAUUUCAUUAGUCUUUCAAGUACAGCCAUCUGAUAGGGUCAUGUAUAUAAUCACUUUUUUGUAUUGGAAGUAUCAUGCAUAGACAAGAUAUCGCAGAAUGUUGAUAUGCAAAAUCAUUAGAGGAUUAUUGAGGCAUUUCAAUUUUUAUUUUUAUACAUGUAUAUUCAGUUGUCUUUCCAUCACCUUGAUCCCCCAAUACUAGGUAUAAAGUGCAUCUAUACAGAACAGCCAAACUAAUGUCUGUCAAGUAACUGCAAUGUUAUAUUUCUGGGAUUAUGGAAUGUCAUUUCAAUGGUAAAGGUCAUGCACUAUGGUACUACUUUUAUCAUUUAUAUUUAAAAUAAUGCCACACUGACUCUGAGUGAGUCUAAAGAGGAGUUCUGCCAUUGCCAGCACAGCUCAAGCGCACCAGAUGAGUCAUGAGCUAGAAUUCCCAAAGAUGGUUAAGAUUUGAACUAUAUCUAUCAAACUUUCAUAGGAACACCAGGGGGGGCUCGUUCUACAAAGAAUAGAUGCAUAUCUAUUGAAAAAACCAGUGGUAUAAACCAUGCAGACUUAGCUGAAUUUACCCCGUCAAAGAAGGUGCAUUCAUUAUUCACUUUAUAAGCGUACUUGCUCAUAUAUUCACAUAUUCCCUGGUUUGAAUCUUAAAGAUUUAUAAAAUCUCUUCAUACGUUGAGAAUCCUUAUCUAUGGGAAUGACUUAAUGACAUAAACAUUAGAUUUAAAAGUAAACUCUAACAUCAGUUUGAAUGUAGCUAUCAAAAUCAGACCGGUUUCCAUGUAGUUUGAAAAAAGCUUUCCUAUCUUUGUGCUUUGAACAGACUGAAUAUGAUCUGAUAUGAUAUGUAUUUGAUAUAGUGAUUUAUAUGAUCUUAACAGUUCAGAUAAUACCAAUUACUGAUGUGCAUUGUGUUAUUCAUUUUGUAAUAUAAGAUAUCUAAUAAUCUGGUACGUUGUGAAUAUUCUUGUUCUCUGUAUAGAUAUAUAGUACUGUAGGAAGCAAACACUUCAAUAAAUUAUGAGUCUUUCACUAUAAA